AUGACACAGACCACGAUGAUAUUGCUGGUGGUGUUGUUCUCAGUAGUAUCACUUGCAACCAGUGAGCCUUCGGUUUUACACGGUGCUCUAAAGUACUCAGUGCCGUCUCCAGCUGGAUAUAUAUCACAGUCACGCGUUGAUGUACAGUCGUCACCGUUAUUAACUACAGCUGAAUAUGCUCCACUAUCACGCACUUUUAUUGGUGCACCAGCAUACGCUGCAGCGCUACCUGGGGUAAGCGGUCAAGCUGCCUUCACUCAAGAAUCUCGAAUAGACAUCAAAUCUUCACCUGGUUUAGCAAGGACAAUAGCCACUUCACCGUUUAAUUAUGCUGCACCAACUGGAUUUUCUGUGGCGGGUCCCAAUGGUUUUAUUUCUCAACAAUCUCGUGUGGACAUCAAGAGUGCACCGGCUGUUGUAAACACCAUUGCUGAAGCACCUGUAACCUACAGUGCUUCAAUUGCUGCUCCUGCUGCUGUUGCUUCACCCGUAGCGUCUUCGUAUCAAACAAGCUUCGGAAUAAAAUCUUCUCCAGCUGUUGUAAGCCGAUACGAUUCACCAGUGGCCUACGGUUCAUCUUAUGGAGCAUCAUCUAUUACUGCACCUGCAACCAUCUCAGCACCCGCAGCGUCUUCUUAUCAAUCCCGUGUUGAUAUUAAAACAUCCCCCACUACUGUUAACGCGUAUCAAACCGGUCCCUAUUCUUAUGGGGCACAAACUUUUGCAGCAGCACCUGGGCCAAUUGCAGCUCCUGUGGCAACUUCAUAUCAAUCCCGUGUCGAUGUUAAAACAACACCAACUGUUAUUAACUCUAUAAAAAGCGCACCAAUUGCUUAUAGUGCACCAAUUUCUGGAGCGAUUGCCUCACCUGCAUUAUCGUCUGUUCAAUCUCGCGUAGAAGUUAACAAUUUAAAAGCAGGCCCCGUUGUUUACAAAACAUCUUAUGCCACUCCAGCAGCAUCGUCGUAUCAAACAAGAUUGGAUAUAAAAUCUUCGCCUGCAGUCGUAAGCCGAUUCGUAACUGCACCAGUGGCAUACGGUGCAUCUUAUGCAGCUCCAGCCAUAACUGCUCCCGUAGCCAUUUCAGCCAUCUCAGCACCGGCAGCGUCUUCUUAUCAAUCCCGUGUUGAUUUUAAAACAGCCAAUACUGUUAAUGCAUAUCCAACUGGCCCCUAUUCUUAUGGAGCUCAAACCUUCGCAGCAGCGACUGCGCCAAUUGCAGCUCCUGUGGCAUCUUCUUAUCAAUCCCGUGUUGACAUCAAAACAGCUCCUACUCUUUCAAACACAUAUCAAUAUGGUUCCUAUGCCUACGGCGCACCAAAUCUUGCAGUGGCACCUGCGGCCGUUGCAACUCCAUUAGCAUCUUCAUACCAAUCCCGUGUUGAUGUGAAAACAAAACCAGGCAUUAUUAGCGCAGUAGAAACCGCACCCAUAUCUUAUAGUGCCCCGGCUGCAUCCUCUUACCAAUCUCGCGUGGAAGUUAAGUCAUCACCAACCGUCGUUAGCAAUAUUAAUACUGGGCCUGUGGCCUAUUCAUCAUCUUAUGUCGCUCCAGCUUCAAUCGCUGCACCAGCUGCUGUCGUAGGACAAGCAGCAGCAUAUCAAACCCGAGUAGAAUACAAAUCAUCGCCUGGUCUUGUCAGUACCGUCGCAGCGGCUCCCGUAGCUUACAAUGCAGCAAUUACUGCACCAGCCGCCAUCGGAACACAAGCUUCCUUCUCACGAGAGUCACGCAUUGAUUGUUGUUCUCCUGCUAUUAGGACCACAGCUGUUGCACCCGUUGCAUAUGGAAUAACGGCGCACAGAACACCUAUUACCGCAUACGACAACGGUUUUGUAGGUCAACAAGCAAUAGUCAGAAGUUUGGAGCGUACCGCAGUAACUGGAUCCACUUUCGAUAAUCCUGCAAUUUCCUUACCACGUGUACCACUUGACACACCUGAAGUUGCCGCUGCUCGUGCUGCACACUUUGAAGCGAAGGCUUUGGCUGAACGACAAAUUAUUCGCAAACGU